CUCCGCAUUGUGAAUGAAAGUGAAACAGGUUAGAGAUCAUCAAUCGUUAAUCUGGCUAGUGGCUAGGGGGAAUCAUACCUAGGUGAGUUCCCAACCUGUAAUUAGAUUAACUUUAACUGUAGUUUGCUAGAGUAGUUUUAGUUCUUUCAUCUUAAUCUGAUUUGCUAAAUAAUAAACUGAAGCUGAGUAAUAGUAACUCUAGAGACCCGUGGAUUCGAUAUUUAUCACUUGAGCCACUAUACUGCAGUCCCUUUCAUUGGUUACACUUGGCCUUUGUUAGGUGUUGUGUCGUAGCCAAUCAAGUUUUUGGCGCCGUUGCCGGGGACUUUCUAGAGUAUUAGGAAAGGCAGAAGUUUGUUACUUUAGCGUUUUUCUUUUCUUUUCCACCCUUGCUUUUCACUUGGGUGUUUUUAUUUUUGUUGGUGCAGAUCUGAAUCAUGGAUCCUAAUGGCUUCUCCAAUCAUUGGGGGUAUCCACCACCAUCUGGGUGGUAUUACCCCGAGACUCCCUGGAGCAAUCAAGGCGGAGAAGACUAUGGAUUCGGGUUCCAGUACCAACCCCCUUACUACGGAGAACAACCAGACCCCUGGGCAUAUCAAGAACAACCUCAUUAUCAAGAAGAAUUUCUCCCACAACCAGAAGGGCCAUCGGCGCUGGAGUUACUCAUGGAGCAGUUUGCUCGAGACUGUGAGAGAACAUGCUCCAGGAUGGAUCAGUGUGUCCAGGCCUAUCGUGAAACAAAUGAGAUCCUCCUGAGCCUUAAGAAGAGCGUCGAUGAUCUUGAGCGAUCUUGGGCGCAACCUGCUCCAGAUCACCCUUCUGCUACCAUACAAGAAGAGGAGGAGGGAGAAGAAGGCUACAAGGGCAUUGUGGAGCACACUGAAGUUGUCACGGAGAGCUCCCGUGAUGAUCAUGAUCAGGAGUGUCAUGUCGUAGCCGACCACACCUUCCCACACCCCAAACUGAGCUUUGAAGAGGCGGGCAUGAGUGAGGAGAUGCAAGAAGAUCUCAUGAAAGAAAUUGCUUGGCAACUUGCUCUCCAAUCCGUGCUAGAAGAAGAAGAGCAAGAAAGGGUGCAGAAAGAAGUUGUGGAGGAUGGCGAAAGUGAAGCUGGAGAAGUUCUUGAUCAUUUCCCAGGGGUGAUACCACAUGAAGAAGGAAGGGAGGUUAAAGAAGCAAUUGGCGUCCAGGCUGAGGAUGAAGUUGAGGUGGAAGAGGCAUGCACCGGCCAUGAGUUGCAAGUAAUAUCCCCACCAAACUUUGAGGAACUGCUUGGCAAGGACCCAUUUGCAGUGUCUCUUUGCCAGACCAAGGCCGCCUCGACAUCGGUCCCUCUUGGUGGACGCGAUGGUGGCCAAUCGAUGUUGUCAUAUCUGGUUUGGGGCAAUGAGACGAGAGAAGAGAAGAAGAGGUCUCGAGGGUGGAGACUUCAUCUGCAUCAAGUACAUGAGCCUUCAUCACCUGCCACACCACAUGCUCGUGACUUGAGACUCCACCUCAUCGACGAGAACCUCAACUUCAAGGAGGUUCUAGCAUGGACCGAAAUUUAGGAGCCAUCGUCCGGCUCACAACGUGAAAGAAGCGCUUGUUGGGAGGCAACCCAACCAGUCGGUUUGCACUUCUUUCUCUAUUUCUCUUCGGUUGAGUCAGUUUUGUUCUUUGAUUUCAGAGUCAAUAAUUCAACCUUUGUGAGAUUUUGUGUGGUGUUUGUGUUUCGACUACUUUGUCCUCCUGGAAUGCACCGCCUUCCCCGUCCACAAUCAUUCACCGUUGAUAUGGUAACUUCGUUCUACCCUCCUUAUCUUUCCUCCAUUGAGGACAAUGUCGUGCUUAAGUGUGGGGGGAUGUUCGAUUAUGAAUGCGUGUGAAUGUUUGGCUGUUUGUGUGCUUGGAGCCUAGUCCACUGUCCAAAUUUGUAAAUUUGAGGGCUCCAAGUACGUGUUUCCAUGCAAUUGCCUGCUCAGUAUGCUUUGAAUUGACAGUCUUUAUAGUAAUAUGCAACCUAGGGAGGUAGUGUAGCACUAUGGAGGAUGUUGAUGCAUUUAAGAAGUCUCAUUUCUUCUUCAUAUUGAGUUGGUUGAUUGAGUGAAUUAGUGAUCUUAGGACCCUUGAAUUGUGUGGUGUUGUGGAUUCUCUACCUGUCAUGGACUCUUGUAUCAUGUUUUGAAAAUAACAGGUGCUCGAAAAUGUGCUUCAAAAUAAACGUCUCCCGUGCGAAUAGGGCGAAAGUGUGUAAGGGGAGACGGGAAUUCGUUCCCAAUUUCCACCUACUACCUCCAGCCCCCUUACAUGUCUUUCCCUCGCACGAGGCUCGAGACAUCCGCUCCUGGCAUGGCCGGUAAGAGCAGGUUGGGACCCUUGAAAAGAAAAGAAAAGAAAAAUAACAGAAAACAAGCAAAACAGAAAGAAAAGGGGUUCCAACCAUCUUCAAAGAAAAUAGAGCACCUUGAAAAAUGUGAGUCCAUGAUCUUUUGUUUUAGAGAAUCUCUUCAUCCACGAUUCAUUUGUCCUCUGUUCACUGUUUGCCAUGAUGCCGACUCGAUAAGAAGCUUUGAGAUGACUUGUGCGUCGGUUGACCUCGUAAGUUGCUAAAUGAUCUAGGAAGUCCUCUACCUACGAUCUGGGUUGUUUGUUGCUAUAGAGGUCUGGAGAGUUGCAUUGGUUUGAGUUAGGUUUUCUUGGGGACAAGCAAACGGUUAAGUGUGGGGGAGUUUGAUAGACCGUUAGUUACACAUGUUUUCACCCCUGUUCUUACACCGUUUGAGAUGUGGCAUCCGCUCCUGGCAUGGCCGGUAAGAGCAGGUUGGGACCCUUGAAAAGAAAAGAAAAAUAACAGAAAACAAGCAAAACAGAAAGAAAAGGGGUUCCAACCAUCUUCUUAAGGCUCAGGAGGAUCUCAUUUGUUUCACGAUAGGCCUGUGCAUCUUGCCUUCUUCUUUUCCCUUUCAUUUGAUUCCCUAGAAAUUGCUAGGGUUGAGGAAUCACGAUGGAGAAUCAACAUAGAAUGGAGUUAGGCUGUUGGGAAUUGGGCAAAGGGAGUUGUCUAGUUUGGUUUCAGUGGGCUGGGCAUUGGCUCAGUGGGGAUUGGGCUAGGAGUAAAGAGGGUUGGGCUUGGGCACUUGGGUCUUGGGCUGGGUAGCCCCUUUAAAUUUCUGAAAUUUGGUCGGUAGUUCGAUUUUUCGGUUUGGUUCAAAUGAACUUGGCUCCCAAAAUGUGGCGUAUUGCCUUCCGAAUUUCGAACCUAAUAAGGUUUAUUUCGAUUUUUGUCAGUUUUUGUUCGGUUCGGUUCGGUAAAACCAAACUGCAUGCCCACCCCUAACGGAGGCCUCUAGCUUGGCUCUCCUAGAUGUGGGGGCAGGUGGGUGGUGUGACUCGGAAGGGUUCCCAUGAUGGAUAGUUACCCAUGAUAUAAAGGGUUUGUUUGUAGCUCACAAGCGAGAGAACGACGUUGGUGUCGAUAAACCUUUACUUUAUUA